CGAAGUGGGUUCAGUUGACUUUUUUCGCUUCCUACUCGAUGGUGCGGUUUUUCUAGUCCACUUGGCUCCACGAAGCUUCCAUUGAUGAAGUUGUAAGUUGUCCAUUACGCGUUGAACCCACGUUUCCUUGUUCUUGUGUACUUCCCAUCGGGCGGGAAUCACCCCCGUGGUCAGAGCUAAUGCUUUUGUGAUCCAGAGCGGGUGACUAAAGAAAACAGUGAGAGGCUGUAUUUUCCCUACAAGACCAAGUGGACAGUGUAGUGUGUGAAAUGAUUGGGGAUAGCAUAUUUUUUGUGUUUCUCGUGACGGUGCUGGGUUACGGUGCCCGCAGCCAGGCACCGCCGCCAUCGGCUGCUCGACAGAUUGCACAAUUGGACAACAAUGACCAUCUGCAAUAUGUUUUGAGCAACAUUCUCAAGCCAAGGGUAGUGGGCACUAAGGGGCAUGAUGAGGUCGCCACCUUCAUUGCCAGCGAAUUGAAAACGUUAGGAUUCGAUGUGGAACUCGACUCCUUCUCCGCCUACACCCCAGUGUUCCGAAACUUAACUUUUACAAACAUAGUCGGAACUAUCAAUAGUAACGCCGCGGAAUUCGUGGCUCUGGCAUGCCAUUAUGAUAGUAAAUACUUCCCCAACGACCCAGGCUUCGUUGGAGCCACCGAUUCCGCCGUACCAUGUGCCUUGAUGUUAAAUCUAGCCAAAGUUCUUAUGCCUUAUAUACAACAAAUCCGAGGAAGAAAUGAUUUUGGACUCAUGUUAAUAUUUUUCGAUGGCGAAGAAGCUUUUCAGGAAUGGACUCAACAAGAUUCAGUUUAUGGCUCGAAAAAUUUAGCGGCGAAAUGGUCGAACAGUUUGUAUCAAAUGCCAACCACGAAACAAACGAUAAGGAAUAUCGAUCGCAUCGAAGUCCUAAUACUUCUGGAUUUGAUCGGAGCCCAGAGUCCACGCUUCCGAAAUUACUAUAUGCGAACGCAAGCUCUUCAUAAUCAGUUGGUGGGAAUCGAACGAUACUUGGCGAAAGCAGGACUUUUAAACACGAGGGGAUUCAUGUUUUAUCCAAGACUGGAAUUUAGUGGGGUCGAUGAUGAUCAUCGUCCUUUCUAUGAGCAAAACGUUCCAAUCCUACAUAUCAUCAGUACGCCUUUCCCAAAACAUUGGCACACGAAAUAUGACGACGCUGAGCAUUUACAUUGGCCAACGAUAAAGGACUUUAAUAGAAUAUUCAGAGUAUUUUUAUACCAAUAUAUAACCAAUCGAGAAGCCAGCUUCAAUCUUCGCUCAAUACCAGAAUACCAUUAAAUAGGGAAUAAUAUGGGAAUAUUGUAUUAUAAUAUAAAAUUUAUCAAUUACGAGUAAAAUAUAUCUUAAGCUUGAGACAGCC